CUAGACAUCUAGUAGGCACACGAUUGACACAUGACAUUUGACAGAAGCAGUCUUGAGGGCUCGCUACGUAGAAUCAGAUUCUGUGGGUAGAAAAACUUUCGGGCUUACCGUGGCUCCGGUGUAAAUAUGCCAAUCUAACAUGUUUUCAUGUGGUGCAACAUGUAACCUUUGCCCGAGUUAACUGCGUGUGCCAACAAACUGCGUGUAGUUUUAGGGGACAACAGAGUAGGCGGCCAGACAAAGCAAAAGUAUAUUAUGGUAUUCCAAUGGCAAUGACUAAGACGACCACGAAAGAAGUUUCCGAGAAUGGCGCUGGCAAAGUAAACAGUUACAGAGACUUCCCAUCAACGAUUCAUAAACCAGCUGCUCAACAAUUAUUCAUAUGUCCAGAGGUUUCCCUGAAAUGGGGAUGUGCAAUCAUCUUUAUCCUGGCGUCAGUGUGCUAUGUAAAUUCAGUAAACGGGUCCUUUGUGUUUGACGACACAGAAGCAAUAGUAAACAACGAAGAUGCUAAAGGCAAGACUCCUCUCAACGAAAUAUUUUUCAAUGACUUUUGGGGCACAUCACUCAAUCACAAGAGUAGUCACAAAUCGUACCGACCAUUGACCAUUUUAUCCUUCAGAUUAAACUACAUUUUCAAUGGGCUGGAUCCAAGGCCCUUUCACUUGACGAAUGUGUUGCUCCAUUCCAUCUGCUGCACCCUGAGUCUGGUGAUCUUCUCAACUUUGUUGGGAGAAACUCGCCCGAGGCUGGCGUUCAUCACGGCCAUCCUUUUCUCGGUCCAUCCCGUCCACACGGAAGCCGUCAGCGGAAUAGUUGGGCGAGCGGAUCUCCUCUGCGGAAUCUUUUACUUUCUCUCCAUCUACUCGUACGCGAAACAUUUGGACGGAGGAUCGCUGACGUCGUUCGCCACUUCGAUGGCCAGCUGCGCCAUCGCCAUGUUCUGCAAAGAGCAGGGAAUCACAGUCCUGGGCGUGGUCGCUGUUUACGACGUCACGAGAUCCGUGACUGGCACUUUCAACUUUGGCAACGUCAUGAAACGAAGGGAUAUCCUCCAGCGUUUCUCUUUGAUCGCCGUAGUUGGAGUGGCUCUUCUUUACGUCAGAUUGAGCGUCAUGGGCUCUUCCGGGGCUCCGGCCUUCCAGCGGGUCGACAAUCCAGCUUCCUUCGCCGAUUCGCCGAUGACCAGAGCUCUGAGUUACAACUACGUCUACUCGAUCCACGCCUUGCUGCUCCUGUGGCCUCAUUGGCUCUGCUUCGAUUGGUCCAUGGGUUGCAUUCCGCUCAUCCAGCAGCUGAUGGAUCCCCGCAAUUUGGGCUCGUUAUUCUUCUGGAUCGUCAUGUUUUCGGCCAUUUUCAAAGCUCUCUUCAGUCCGUCUCAAAGGCAGCGAAAGUAUCUGACCCUCGGUCUGGCCCUGAUGGCCGUCCCUUUCCUACCGGCCACCAACAUCUUUUUCCGCGUCGGUUUCGUGGUGGCCGAACGAGUUCUCUUCAUGCCCGUCGCUGGAUACUGUCUCGUUCUCGUCUACGGUGCCGAGAAACUCAACACUUUCCUCUUUCCGUUUGGCUAUUCCAAGUUGUGGAUCUUGCGGGGCUGCCUCCUGGCCGUCAUCCUCACCUUUGCUUUGAAAUCCUUCCGCCGGAAUAUGGAUUGGCAAGACGAGGGUCGGCUAUUUCUGUCCGGAUUGGCCGUUUGUCCGCUCAACGCCAAAGUUCACUACAACAUUGGCAAAAAUGCGGCGGAUCGGGGAUUGAGAGACGUGGCCAUCGAUCGCUACGAAAAGGCCCUGGAACUGAAUCCGGACUACGACCAGGCCAUGAACAAUUUGGCCAAUUUGCUCAAAGAUUUGGGCCGUUUCCAGUCGGCGGAAGAUUGGCUCGUUAAAGCUAUUAGUAUUAGACCCGAUUUCGCUGCCGCAUGGAUGAACCUGGGCAUCGUCCAGGCACUUCUUCGUAAGCACAAAGAGGCCCGCGUGAGUUACCUGACGGCCUUGAGUCAUCGUCGAAAGUAUCCCGACUGCUAUUACAACCUGGGCAAUCUCUAUUUGGAGCUGGGACAGUUCCGGGAAGCGGAAGAAGCCUUCAGGAACGCAACUUUGUUGCAGCCAACCCACGUCCUGGCCUGGACCAAUCUCAUCGUUAUGUUGGACAAUACAGGUCAAUCGCAACGAUCGGAAUCUACGGCGCUGGAAGCCCUGGCCAUUCUACCCAACGAAGCCAAUUUGCAUUUCAGUCUGGCCGGAAUUUUAGGCAAGCGGAGUCAAUUCAAAGCGUCCGAGCUCCACUUCCUGUCGGCCAUUCGACUCAAUCCGCACAGUCCCAUCUACCACACCAAUCUAGGUGUGCUCUACCACCGAUGGAAAAAAUUCCAACUGGCCGAGCAGUCGUACCAGCGAGCCCUGUCACUGGACCCCCAAUGGAAAAGUGCGACGGAAAAUCUCAAAUUGCUGCACAAGGCGAAACAGAAUCAAUUUUAAAAUGAUCUCUCUUGCUUUUAUGUUUAACUCUCAAUCUCUCAUUUCCCAGUGUCUUUUUGUCUUUGGAAUUUUUGGGGCUUAAACGGUAGCUAGUCCUAAUUGGCGAGCUUAACUAACACGAAAUGGAAUACAACUGCAAUCUUUUGUUUGUUUUCA